AAAAUAUCCAUCUGAUGUUAACCAGAAGUUCCUCUCCCAUUGCAAUGACAAACAGCGCAUGAGGAUUUGGGCCGAAGGAAGGCGUUUUGCUUAGCAACAGAAGUAAUUUAAAGGAGUGGGAUCGGCGACGCGAUGCCCUUGCUGAAUGGUGGACUCCGGGCAGUAUGGAGAGCUCUCUCCCCUGCUCGCUACACCACUCUGGCCGCUUUGGAUGAAUCCCGGGGCGGCGGUGCUCUGCUCUUGAAGUCCAUUUCCACUGAUAUUUACGAGAACCUAGCGCUGGAAGACUGGUUACACGAGUACGUGCAGUCCCGGGACCGGCAAGUGCUCCUGCUCUGGAGGAAUUGCCCAGCCGUGGUCAUCGGUCGCCAUCAGAACCCCUGGCAGGAAUGCAACCUGAAACUCAUGAGGGACCGAGGAGUGCAGCUGAGCCGGCGGAGGAGCGGAGGAGGCACCGUGUACCACGACCUGGGCAACAUCAACCUGACCUUCUUCACCUCCAAGAAGAAGUACGACAGGCGUGGCAACUUGGCGCUGCUCAUCUGUGCUCUGAAGAGGAUCCGACCUCAUCUGGACAUCUUAGCCACAGACAGGCACGACCUGCUGCUCAACCGUGCCUUUAAGAUCUCAGGUACUGCCUCCAAGAUUGGAAGGACCUCUGCUUACCACCAUUGCACCUUGCUUUGCAACUCAGACAGCUCUCUGUUGUCCUCAGUGCUCCAAUCUCCACAUCAAGGUCUAAAAACCAACGCUACCCCUAGUAUACCUGCCAUUGUGAAAAACCUUUGUGAAGAGGAUCCCACCCUCACCUGUGAUAUAUUAAUGGAUGCCAUUGCAGCAGAGUACGCAAGGCGCCAUGGCCUCCGAAGCCAGAUCAUGCUCAUAGAUCCUAAAGACAAUUUGUUGUUACCUGGAAUUGGCAAAUUUACCCAAGAACUCAAAAGCUGGCAUUGGAUCUAUGGAAGAACGCCGAAGUUCAGCAUCAGCCACUUUUUCUCUUUGGACCAUAAUUUACCUGGGGAAGACAUUAAAUUGAACAUGAGCAUCAAUCAGGGCAGGAUUGAAAGCUGUAGUAUUGAAGUGUUUAAUGAUCGGCUACCGUCUGCAAUGUGUGAUCAGUUAGCUUCAGACCUCAUUGGCAACAAGUUUUGCCCUACUGAAACAAUGGUUUUGGCAAGUGCUCAUUUAAGGGUUUGUUCCCAGGACAAUGAGCUCCAUAGCAAAUGGAAUGAACUUUGUGAACAAGUUGUCACCAUUAUGUAAUUUUUAGUCUUCAGUUUUUUUUAAAAUGUUAACUCUACAUGCAAAUUUGGUACUGCCAAACCUGGUAGCUCAAAUUAAGCAAAAACAUAUCUGGUUUUGUUUUGUGCAACUCUUACCAAAAAUGAGUUUUACGAAAACCUUGUCCUCUUAAAAUUUAUUGUGCUACGUUAGUAAAAACUGAAGUUCCAGCUGUAUGAAAUAGCUAUUUUAUUUAGGGAAUAUGGAAACAAAAAUGUUCUGGAUGUGUGAUGGGCUUGAGUGAAAAUAAUGUAA